AUGGUUGGUUCCAUGGGUUUGUUGUCUGCUGCUGGUGCCAAGUCCACUGUGGAAGCAUUCCUUUCGUCCAUCGCUGCCUCUGCUGAUGUUUUGGCUAUGGCUAAGGUCGAAGUCAAGUUGGGAGCUAUCCCAGAAGGUAAGAACGUCAUCAUCAAAUGGCAAGGUAAGCCUGUUUUCAUCAGACACAGAACUGCUGAUGAAAUCGACGAAGCCAACCAGGUUGACAUCAAAACCUUGAGAGACCCACAGAACGACAUUGACCGUGUCAAGAAGCCUGAAUGGUUGGUCAUGUUGGGUAUCUGUACCCAUUUGGGAUGUGUUCCUAUCGGUGAAGCUGGUGAUUUCGGAGGUUGGUUCUGUCCUUGUCACGGUUCCCAUUACGAUAUCUCCGGCAGAAUCAGAAGAGGUCCAGCUCCAUUGAACUUGGAAAUCCCACAAUACGAGUUCUCCGAUGAAGAAACCUUGUUGGUUGGUUAA